CGUCCUUCGUCUUGACUUGCAUCUUGCUCCCAUUCUGUCUCGCAUCUUGCUCUCCAUCUCGCAUUGCGUCCUGCCUUGCAUCCUGCUCUCCAUCUCGCUGCAUCGCCCGCCCAGGCCCCUUCUCCCCACCCGCAUCUUGUCCUCGUUCCCUGGCCUCUCCGUCUCCCUGCCCUCCAGCCCGCCUUGGAUCCGCCGCAGCCCGCCAGAACGCUCUUCCGUCACAAACCACAUCGCCGCGAUUGACUGCUCGCCAGCGAGACAUCCAUCCAAGCGAUAUUAUCUUGUCACAGCAUCACACCACACCACACUUCGCCGUAUCGUAUCUGUAUCUAGUGCCUGUCGCCCAGUUCACCACCCGCCACCAUGUCCACCGGAUCCCGCAAUUCGCUGUCUCUCCGCCAGCGCCUCAAGGUCCUGACCCAGGAAAACACCGAUCUGCAGCAAAAAUACGACCAGCUCUUUUCCGAAAAGGAGUUGGUCGAGCAGCAGCUCGAGACCUCCAAGCGCACGCCCUCGCUCAGCGCGCACUCCAGCUCGGAGACCCUGCGUGAGAGCGAGAGCAUCCGGCGAUGUUCUUCCCCAGACGGGCUCUCAGAUGUCCAUAAGGAAAACAACCAGCUCCGUGAGCGUCUGGCCGAGCUCCAGUGCCUCAGCGACUCGCUCCGUGCCGACCUCGAAGCUAAGGAUACCCGGGUUCUUUCGCUCGAAAACGAACGCGAUCUCGUCUUGCGGCGCUUUCACGCAAAAUGGGACAAGCUCCGGACUGUCCUGCAGCUGGCCGACCAGCAGUCCAACCAGCAGUCCAAUCCGUCCGUCCAUGACGAUGCAUCCGAUUCUGCCAGCAUCGAGGCACAGAUUGAGCAGCAGGCAAAGUCCGUCAGCAGCGCGCACCAACGGCUGCGGGAGCUUGAGGUCCAAGUUGAAUCUCUGCAGCUCGAGAACCAGCGCAAGGAUGAGCAGAUCGAGUCCUUGAAGGCCGACAAUCAGUGCAAGACCGAGGAGAUCGAGCGGCUCUCGGAGACCACCAAGGACUCCCAGUGCAGCAUUUCCGCGGAGCUCUCUCGAGUCAAGGCUGCGCUUGCCCAUGUGCAAAACGAGCUGUGCAACUCCAAGGACACAGUCAUCCAGAGCCAGCUCAAAAUCCGAGAACACGAAAGUCGCCAAAUCGCGCUGCAGAGCCUGAUCGAUGCAAAAACCAAGCAGCUGGUCUUUUCGUCCAUCGAGCAUGCGGCUUUGCAGAAGAAGCACGCCGAGCUCACGCACCGUUCCCGCGAGGAGCGCGAGCGGCUCGAGAAUCUCGUCCAAGACCUCUCUACUACUCUCGAUGCCAGAGACACGCAAGUUGGAGAGCUGCAGACUGCAGUUGAUCGUCUGGAGGCCCAUCUCGCCGAUCUGUUCAAGCACUCGGUCAGCACAGCCUUCCGAAAGAGCUUUGUCACCUCGGAUAUCCACAAACUCGAGCAAACUCACUGGGUGCCGGAUUCCGACGUUUCGUCGUGUCAGAUGAGUGGAUGUGACAAAUCCUUUGGCGUUUGGACCAGAAAGCACCAUUGUCGAAGAUGCGGCAACGUCUUUUGCUCGGGCCAUCUGUCCAACAAGGCCAAGUUGUCGGUGGCCACCCGCGACUUCCAUCCCGAAGGACUCGAGACCAAAGUUUGCGAUAGCUGUUUUUCCAAGUGCAAGCUCUCAGCCGCGCUGACGCACAUUUCACUCGAGUCUGUCGUCUAAGCCCGGCCGGCACAGUCACGAGGCUGCUGGCUGCCUUCAUAUAUCUGGUCGAUGAUGUGUCCAGACCUGAUCUCGCUGUUCUUUCCAAAAUCUCUGUGCAAUCCGCCGGCUUUCAGUAACAUUUCAGUAGCGUUUCAGUAGUGUUUCAGUAAUCCUUUAGUAGCAUAUCGGUUUCUUCUUUCUUUGCUCUUUUGACUUGCCGUGAGUGCAGUGCCUUCGCUCCAUGUCUUGCUUCCCUCGUUUGCCCCUC